AUGGCUGUGCGCGCUCCCAUGGGACUCAGCCCAUCUACAACGCCCCUCAUUUCCGCUUUUUCGCCAGAUUCGCCUCGCUACGUGAGUGCUAUCGGCUCGCGGUCAUCUAUGUCAAUCCUCGAGAGGAGCAGCAUCACGAGCAAUAGCCAUCUUCGAGCCCCCCCUGCGAACUACAUAACCUCGCCUCAAGACCCGGUUGCUCCUUCUCCUAUCUCGUCAGACGUGACUCAAUUCGAAGACGUUGACGAAGCCGUCGAAGAGGAAGAGGAGGGCACUGAAAAGGGCUCUUUGGCUGGCGAUGUCGUACAACCUGAAGAUGAAAGGAACCCAUUGAUGAACCCACCAAACAAGGUCGAUUCUCAACGCCAGUCAAAUUCGUUAAGGGUCGAUAUUGGCCCCGCCCUGGAACAAAAACUUCGAGAUAAAGUGGAAGGAGAUAAUGAACCACAGUCGGUGAUACAUAUUCCGACGGGUUUUGGAAAAUUUCCCAAAAACGCCGGCAUAGACCACAAGCAGCUCGAUUCGACCCCAGAAAGCCCCGAGGACGUGGCACCAGAAGAGUCCGUGGAGAUUGAGAGAGCACGAGCCGGUUCGGUAGAAUCGAAAAUCUCCGAAGCAACUGCGAGCACAGCUACCACUGCCAAGAGAGAUCCUCCUGAAAGGUCCAAAGAAGCCAACCUCGGGGACAAGAAGAAUAUCAAGCCUCAUGAAGUACCGAUGCCUCCUUCGCCUUUACAGACUUCGCUUCCUCCUCUCACACUUCACGAUUGGUCCACCACCCCUAGAGCACAGACAAGGCAAGACUUUGCUCCUCCCAGUCGUCCUAGCUCUAGUCUUGCCAGUAUCGAUGAGAACGAAGAUACCGACCACCCCAGCACCGAAGAAGCCAAAGAAGAGGACAAUGUCAGACAGAAGUUCCUACGCAACGCCGAGGCUGAAAUCUCCGCUCUCCGAAAUGCUCUCUCGGAGUGUUGGACCUUAUGCAAUACUCUGGCCAGCCUGAGCCACAUCCACCGAACACGAAUGUUUAGUUUUUCGGGUCGAGGAGAUAUGCAAGAACAGGCCUGGAAAUCUUGCUGGAAGCUGUGCCAAAAUCUUUACAACACGAGAGACGACCACUUGAGUGCCUCAUUUUCACAUCAUUCGUCAAGACCUACACUGGACCUCUGUCGAGAAUUUUGCGCCGCGCUCUUUGAAGUUAGAGUUCGCGACAAUGAAGCCGCCGACUCGGUGCUAAGGGUCAGCUUCGAGUUGAACAAUCAUUUGUUCAAUACCCAUGAUAGAAGUCUCCCCGAGGCAUUCCGUGAAAGGACGCUCGACUUUUACAUCACAUUAUGUCACAGAUUGAUGAAACAAAAAACAAAAUCAGCCGAAGAAACGGAUUCUCUGCUCAAAGCAUGCUGGUCUUUAGCCGAAAUGCUGUUCAGCCUACGCCAGAAUCGUCGAGAGGGCAAAAAAGCCGACGAAGAACUCUUGGGAUCAGCCAUCCAAGCCUGUUGGGAGUUGUGCGACCUCUUCAGAGAGGGAUGGACUCAGAUCCGUCCCGAAAGAGGGACGCCUCGCCCGAGUCAGACAUCUUUCACACAAGCCUUCAACCAAGCGAAACGAUCAGGAUUUGUCCCUCUAGAUGAGCACGGCAAUCCACGAACCCUUCCUGAAACCCCAACAACCAUCUUUGAAGACACCAUCACCACAAUAUCCCCUGACGAAGCCCCUAUUCCCAAUAUUCUCAUCCUCGGCGCUGAAGAAGCCUCACGCAUGUCUAACUCGUCCAACACGUCAGCUGCCUCGGCGCCCAUGGCAUCACAAAGAGCUAAUCUCACACCCUCUGCCAUGCGCAUGAACAAUCCAUUCUCUCCCCACCCCGUCCCUCCUGCUCCAACGUCCGCCAACCCAGGCCACCGCUGGGCCUCCUCAGCGUCAGUGAUGUCUGGCCCACCAUCAGCCAUCUCAGAAGGUGGACCAAACCCAAUGUCUGCAACAACCGUCUCCACAGUGCGUACACCCUCCGACGACCCCACAUUGAUCCUGCUGAAAACCCUGUUCGUGAAAGCCGCCAUCAUGACGGGCAGGGGCUACACACGGGCCUCCUCCGAUCCCAACUUGAACUCGCUGCCCAACUUUGUCAAGAACCUCCCGGACACUGCCUUUGGCAACCAGAGCUGGCAGGUCGCCGUGCUGGAGAACUACCGCAAAGCCAUCGCAAAUGAUUCCGGCUUCCGUAAUCUUGGCGUGGCGGGCACGAUCGGCGAGCGCGGAAGGAUCAAUGCCGUUGAGGUCGCUCGUGCCGUCAGAGGGAUGACGAGUUGCGUAUACGGGUUCGGCUGGUUACGGGAUCUGUAUCGAUAUGUGUUCGGAUACUAUGUCGAAGAGGCACUCAAAGCAGGAGAUGCAAGCCAGAGUGCCAGACAUGGCGGAAGACCUUCUGGACCUGCAGCAAGUCUCGCCGCCGCCGUCAUGGGAAAUGUCAAUGGCAGUACGACUCCAGGAGGUGCCAGUAAUAUUGUUUCUGCUGGCGGGAAUGGCAGUGGUAAAGGAAGACGCACUGUGAGUCAGUAA